UGUCCGUUUAUUCCGGAGCGUGGCCAGCGCCCCGGCCGGACCGCGGAGGCCGCCCUGCCGGAGAGAAGAAGUGGGAGUUGGGGCGCGGAGGGAGGGAGGCGCCCCGAGUCCGCGAGGGCGGCUGUGCCUUUCUCUUUUGCGCGCCCGACGCCUUCCGGGCGCGCCGCCGGGACCGGACUUGGACAGAAGCGAGGAAGGGGCUGGGGUCGCCAGAGCUGCCCCCCACCCCACCCCCGCGCGCAGCGCACGAGCCCGGAGCUGCGUGGACUCCUGGGACCAAGCCACGGGGUGCCGGACCCCAGCCGGAUUAUAAAGCAGGGCGGAGGGGACUGGGACCCCGAGGCCCCCUCUCCAGACUGGUCACCAUGUGGCGGCUGCUGAUCUGGACGCUGCUGGCUCUGCAUCGGAUCCGCGUGGCCGGAGCCCAAGACGAUGUGUCCCCGUAUUUCAAGACGGAGCCGGUGAGGACGCAGGUGCACCUGGAGGGGAACCGCUUGGUGCUCACCUGCAUGGCGGAGGGCAGCUGGCCGCUGGAGUUCAAGUGGCUUCACAACAACAGAGAGCUGACCAAGUUCUCCCUGGAGUACAGGUACAUGAUCACCAGCCUGGACCGCACCCACGCCGGCUUCUACCGAUGCAUCGUGCGGAACCGGAUGGGGGCCCUGCUGCAGCGCCAAACCGAGGUGCAGGUGGCCUACAUGGGGAACUUCGAGGAGGGCGAGAAGCACCAGAGUGUCUCCCACGGAGAAGCCGCCGUCAUCCGCGCCCCACGCAUCGCCAGCUUCCCCCGGCCGCAGGUCACGUGGUUCCGGGACGGCCGCAAGAUCCCGCCCAGCAGCCGCAUAGCCAUCACGCUGGAGAACACCCUUGUCAUCCUGUCAACCGUGGCUCCCGACGCCGGCCGCUACUACGUGCAGGCUGUUAACGACAAGAACGGAGAUAACAAGACCAGUCAGCCCAUCACGCUCGCCGUGGGGAAUGUAGGGGGGCCUGCCGACCCCAUCGCUCCUACCAUCAUCAUCCCUCCCAAGAACACCAGCGUGGUGGCCGGCACCUCGGAGGUGACCAUGGAGUGUGUGGCCAACGCCAGGCCCCUGAUCAAGCUGCACCUCCUUUGGAAGAAAGAUGGGGUGCUGGUGUCGGGCGGCGUCAGUGACUUCAACCGCCGGCUCACCAUCGCCAACCCCAGCAGCCGCGACGCCGGCUACUACGAGUGUGAGGCCACCCUGCGCAGCAGCAGCGUGGCCCCCGUCGUCCGCGGCGCCUACCUCUCCGUGUUGGAGCCACCUCAGUUCAUCAAGGAGCCAGAGCGACACAUCACGGCCGAGAUGGAGAAGGUGGUGGACAUCCCCUGCCGGGCCAAAGGUGUGCCGCCGCCCUCGGUCACGUGGUACAAGGACGCGGCCGUGGUGGAAGUGGAGAAGCUGGCCCGCUUCCGGCAGCACGCCGACGGGGGCCUGCAGAUCAGCGGCCUGGUGCCUGACGACACGGGCAUGUUCCAGUGCUUCGCCCGCAACGCGGCCGGCGAGGCGCAGACCUCCACCUACCUGGCCGUCACCAGCAUCGCCCCCAACAUCACCAGGGGCCCCCUGGACAGCACGGUGACCGACGGCAUGUCGGUGGUGCUGGCGUGCGAGACCUCGGGAGCUCCCAGGCCAGCCAUCACCUGGCAGAAAGGGGAGCGCAUCCUGGCCAGCGGCUCUGUGCAGCUGCCCCGUUUCACGCUGCUAGAGUCGGGCAGCCUGCUGGUGAGCCCCACGCACAUCUCCGAUGCCGGCACCUACACCUGCUUAGCCACCAACUCACGGGGGGUCGACGAAGCCUCGGCCGACCUGGUCGUAUGGGCCCGGACGCGCAUCACCAGGCCUCCCCAGGACCAGAGCGUCAUCAAGGGCACCCAGGCCUCCAUGGUGUGCGGCGUGACCCAUGACCCCCGCGUGGCCAUCAGGUACGUCUGGGAAAAGGACGGGACCACGCUAGCCACAGACGGCAACCCCCGAAUCCGCCUGGACAGAAACGGCUCCCUGCACAUCUCGCAGACCUGGUCCGGGGACAUCGGCACCUACACCUGCAGGGUGCUGUCGGCCGGGGGCAACGACUCUCGUGGUGCCCACCUGCGGGUCAGGCAGCUGCCGCACGCCCCCGAGCACCCCGUGGCCACCCUCAGCACGGCGGAGAGGCGGGCGGUGAACCUGACGUGGACCAAGCCCUUCGAUGGCAACAGCCCCCUGCUCCGCUACGUCCUGGAGAUGUCAGAGAACAACGCCCCCUGGGCUGUACUCCUGGCCAGCGUGGACCCCGAAGCCACCUCGGUCACCGUCAAGGGCCUGGUUCCCGCUCGCUCCUACCAGUUCCGUCUGUGUGCCGUCAACGACGUGGGGAAAGGCCAGUUCAGCAGGGACACGGAGAGGAUCUCCCUCCCCGAGGAGCCCCCCACGGCCCCUCCACAGAACGUCAUCGCCAGCGGCCGGACCAACCAGUCCAUCAUGAUCCAGUGGCAGCCGCCGCCCGAGAGCCACCAGAACGGGCUGCUCAAGGGCUACAUCAUCAGGUACUGCCUGGCCGGGCUGCCGGUCGGGUACCAGUUUAAGAACAUCACGGAUGCUGACAUCAACAACCUGCUGCUGGAAGACCUCAUCAUCUGGACCAACUACGAGAUCGAAGUGGCCGCGUACAACAGCGCGGGGCUGGGCGUCUACAGCAGCAAGGUCACCGAGUGGACACUGCAGGGAGUUCCCACGGUCCCCCCGGGGAACGUGCACGCAGAAGCCACCAACUCCACGACCAUCCGCUUCACCUGGAACGCCCCCAGUCCCCAGUUCAUCAACGGCAUCAACCAGGGCUACAAGCUGAUCGCCUGGGAGCCGGAGCAGGAAGAGGAGGUUACCAUGGUGACCGUCCGGCCCAACUUUCAAGACAGCAUCCACAUGGGCUUCGUGUCCGGCCUGAAGAAGUUCACUGACUACUUUACCUCCGUGCUGUGUUUCACCACCCCCGGAGACGGGCCCCGCAGCACCCCCCAGCUGGUGCGCACCCACGAGGAUGUGCCCGGGCCUGUGGGACACCUGAGCUUCAGUGACAUCCUGGACACCUCGCUGAAGGUCAGCUGGCAGGAGCCAGGAGAGAAGAAUGGCAUUCUCACAGGGUACCGGAUCUCCUGGGAGGAGUACAACCGAACCAACACCCGCGUGACCCACUACCUGCCCAACGUGACCCUGGAGUACCGCGUCACGGGCCUCACCGCGCUCACCACCUACACCAUCGAGGUGGCCGCCAUGACUGCCAAGGGCCAAGGCCAGGUGUCCGCCUCCACCAUCUCCUCGGGGGUGCCUCCAGAGCUGCCAGGGGCCCCCACCAACCUGGGCAUUUCCAACAUCGGCCCCCGCUCCGUGACUUUGCAGUUCAGGCCAGGCUACGAUGGGAAAACCUCCAUCUCCCGCUGGCUGGUGGAGGCCCAGGUGGGCGUGAUCGGAGAGGGAGAGGAGUGGCUGCUGAUCCACCAGCUCGCCAAUGAGCCCGACGCCCGCUCCAUGGAGGUGCCCGACCUGAACCCCUUCACCUACUACAGCUUCCGCAUGCGCCAGGUGAACAUCGUGGGCACAAGCCCACCCAGCCAGCCUUCUAGAAAGAUCCAGACCCUCCAGGCGCCCCCUGACAUGGCCCCGGCCAACGUGACGCUGCGCACGGCCAGUGAGACCAGCCUGUGGCUCCGCUGGAUGCCUCUCCCAGAGAUGGAAUACAACGGGAACGCCGACUCUGUGGGGUACAGGAUCAAGUACAGCAGGUCGGACGGCCACGGCAAGACCCUGAGCCACGUGGUCCAGGACCGUGUGGAGCGGGAGUACACCAUCGAGGGCCUGGAGGAGUGGACGGAGUACCGCGUCCAGGUCCAGGCUUUCAAUGCCAUCGGGAGUGGGCCCUGGAGCCCGACGGUCCUGGGCAGGACCCGGGAGUCAGUCCCUUCGUCUGGCCCUACCAACGUGUCUGCGCUGGCCACCACGUCGAGCAGCAUGCUGGUGCGCUGGAGCCAGGUCCCCGAGGCUGACCGCAACGGGCUGGUGCUUGGCUACAAGGUGAUGUACAAGGAGAAGGACUCGGACUCGCAGCCCCGGUUCUGGCUGGUGGAAGGCAACGCGUCCCGCAGCGCACAGCUCACGGGCUUGGGCAAGUACGCGCUGUACGAGCUGCAGGUGCUGGCCUUCACACGCAUCGGCGACGGCAGCCCCAGCCACCCUCCCAUCCUGGAGCGCACACUGGAUGAUGUCCCAGGGCCACCCAUGGGCAUCCUGUUCCCAGAGGUGAGAACCACGUCCGUGCGGCUGAUCUGGCAGCCCCCAGCCGCCCCCAAUGGCAUCAUUCUUGCUUACCAGAUCACACAUCGGCUCAACACCACCACGGCCAACGCCGCCACGGUGGAAGUGCUGGCGCCGAGCGCCCGCCAGUACACGGCCACCGGCCUCAAGCCCGAGUCUGUGUACCUGUUCCGUAUCACGGCGCAGACCCGCAAGGGCUGGGGAGAAGCUGCUGAGGCCCUGGUGGUGACCACGGAGAAGAGAGACCGGCCGCAGCCGCCCAGCAAGCCUGUGGUGCGGCAGGAGGACGUGCGAGCCCGCAGCGUGCUGCUGUCCUGGGAGCCGGGCAGCGACGGGCUGUCCCCCGUGCGCUACUACACCGUGCAGACCCGCGAGCUGCCCAGCGGCCGGUGGGCGCUGCACUCCGCCUCCGUGAGCCACAACGCCUCCACCUUCGUUGUGGACAGGCUCAAGCCCUUCACAUCCUACAAGUUCCGAGUAAAAGCCACCAAUGACAUUGGGGACAGCGAGUUCAGCGAGGAGUCGGAAUCGCUGACCACCCUGCAGGCCGCCCCCGAUGAAGCCCCCACCAUCCUCUCGGUGAUGCCGCACACCACCACCUCUGUGCUGAUCCGAUGGCAGCCCCCAGCCGAGGACAAGAUCAAUGGCAUCCUCCUGGGCUUCCGCAUCCGGUACCGGGAGCUGCUCUACGAGGGGAUGAGGGGCUUCACGCUUCGAGGCAUCAACAACCCUGGCGCCAAGUGGGCGGAGCUUACCUCCCUGUACUCCAUGCGGAACCUGAGCCGGCCCGGCCUCACCCAGUACGAGCUAGACAACCUGAACAAGCAUCGGCGCUAUGAGAUCCGGAUGAGUGUGUACAACGCCGUGGGCGAGGGGCCCCUGAGUGCCCCCCAGGAGGUCUUCGUCGGGGAGGCCGUGCCCACGGCAGCACCCCGAAACGUGGCCGUCCACGGCACCACGGCCACACAGCUGGAUGUGACAUGGGAGCCACCCCCCCUGGACGGCCAGAAUGGAGACAUCCAGGGUUACAAGAUUUACUUCUGGGAGGCCGAGCGGCGGAACCUCACGGAGCGGGUGAAGACGCUCUUCCUGGCUGAGAACAGUGUCAAGCUCAAGAACCUCACCGGCUACACAGCCUACAUGGUCAGCGUAGCGGCCUUCAACGCCGCAGGGGACGGGCCGCAGAGCGCCCCCGCCCGGGGCCAGACCCAGCAGGCAGCCCCCAGCGCGCCCAGCUCGGUCAGGUUCAGCGAGCUGACCACCACCUCGGUGAACGUGUCCUGGGAGGCCCCGCAGUUUCCCAACGGCAUCCUGGAGGGCUACAGGCUGGUAUACGAGCCCUGCACCCCUGUGGACGGGGUCAGCAAGAUCGUGACCGUGGACGUCAAGGGAAAUAGCCCUCUGUGGCUGAAGGUCAAGGACCUGGCGGAAGGCAUGACCUACAGGUUCCGCAUCAGAGCCAAGACCUUCACCUACGGGCCGGAGGUGGAGGCCAACGUCACCACAGGCCCAGGAGAAGGGGCCCCGGGACCCCCAGGAGUGCCCAUCAUCGUGCGGUACAGCUCGGCCAUCGCCAUCCACUGGUCCAGCGGAGACCCCGGGAAGGGGCCCAUCACCCGCUACGUCAUAGAGGCCCGGCCGUCAGACGAAGGCCUGUGGGACAUCCUCAUCAAAGACAUCCCCAAGGAGGUGAGCUCCUACACGUUCAGCGUGGACGUCCUGAAGCCCGGCGUGAGCUACGACUUCCGCGUCAUCGCGGUCAACGACUAUGGCUUUGGCACCCCCAGCAGCCCCUCCCAAUCUGUGCCAGCCCAGAAAGCCAACCCCUUCUACGAGGAGUGGUGGUUCCUGGUGGUCAUUGCCCUCGUGGGCCUCAUCUUCAUCUUGCUACUGGUCUUCGUGCUCAUCAUCCGUGGCCAGAGCAAGAAGUACACCAAGAAGACAGACGCGGGGAACAGCGGCAAGUCUGGAGCCCUAGGCCACGGGGAGAUGAUGAGCUUGGAUGAGAGCAGUUUCCCUGCCCUGGAACUCAACAACCGGCGCCUGUCUGUCAAGAACUCCUUCUGCCGGAAGAACGGCCUGUACACCAGGUCUCCGCCCAGGCCCAGCCCGGGCAGCCUCCACUACUCCGACGAGGACGUCACCAAGUACAACGACCUCAUCCCGGCGGAGAGCAGCAGCCUGACUGAGAAGCCCUCGGAAGUCUCCGACUCUCAGGGAAGCGACAGCGAGUACGAGGUCGACCCGAACCCCCAGAAGGCCCACUCCUUCGUCAAUCACUACAUCAGCGACCCCACCUACUACAACUCGUGGCGGCGCCAGCAGAAGGGCAUCUCGCGGGCACAAGCCUACAGCUACACCGAGAGCGACUCGGGCGAGCCUGACCACGCCCCCGUCGCCAACAGCAACAGCGCCCAGCAGGGCAGCCUGUUUCGGCCCAAGGCCAGCCGGACUCCAACGCCCCAAAACGCCCCGAACCCCCCGAGUCAGCAGAGCACCCUCUACCGCCCGCCCAGCAGCCUGGCCCCCGGCUCCCGGGCCCCCAUAGCAGGAUUCUCAUCGUUUGUUUGACGUCAGCAGAAGAAGGGGAAGGAAGAAAAAAUGGCACCAACAAUUCCUUCGCUGCUUCCCGCGCCGUCUGCCGGAAAACAAAAACACCAAGAAACCAAGUCGACUCUUCACCUCCCAAGUUUAUUUUUCCAGAGAUUCCAGGGCCAGCAAGCCAGCGUGGAGGAGGAGGAGGGGGAAGAGGCCGUGUGUGGCCCCAGCUCCCAGAACUCACCAGGCUCACUGCUCCUUGGGGGAUUGCACAGACCUGGGACGCCGCUGCACGGGACUUGCAGUGGGUGAAGGAGGGAGGGCGGGCUAAGGCAGGAAGAAGCUUCUGGAUGCCUAGCGGGCUGCCCCUUCCCGAAUGUGCAGGGUCCCUAGGCCCACAGUGGCCGCUCCUCUGGGACAAGCCCUGGGCCCCUGGCACCUGAUGGCCCCGCCCAGCCCUGGCCUGCCCCGCCCACCUCCCUCAAUCAACUCCUCCACCAUGCAUUUGAUUUAUUCAGAAAGAAAAGGAAGACAAAAAAAAAGUGCUAAAGGGUGAGAAUGUGCUUAGUGAGUUCCUGGUCCCUUCAGAGUGUUUUCGAAGUGAAUGCAAGAGGGGUCUGCAGGGUAGGGGAAGAGCCCCUCCCCUCCCCCACAGCUGAGCCCUGCCUCCUCUUCCCUGAGCACAGACGAGGAGCAGCGAGGUCUGGGGAGCAGAGGCCCAGCGCUGUGGGGGGCUCAGGUGGGAGGCAUUGUAGGAAGUCUGCAAUGAAAAAACAAAGCUUUAUUCUGUAUCUUCCAAUCCAGGUGCCACCUGCUGCACCUUGCUCCUAACACAGACACACAUACACACACACAGCUCCUGCACACUUGCAAGGAGAGGGUCCGGGGCUCCUUUAGGAGAGACUCCCAGAGUCCACCUCCCAAGCGGCACGCACACUCAGAUCUGUGGCCCUCCUGUCCCGGCCCCUGCCUCCCAAGCACAGCAGCACGCAGCCCAGAGCGGCACCCACUUUUCAGAGUCAGGGCUCAGCCUGGUCAGGGCUGGGAGUGAGGCGGGGGGAUCAGGAGACUAGUCCAGAUGCACUCAGCCCACGGCCACGCUGGCCAGGAGGGGCAGGUUGCACGGGAGCGAGGCACAGGAAUGGCUCAUGGGAGGACAAGGUUCUGCCACCAAGAAUGCUCUGGAAACAGCCGCUUCUGCUGGCCUGAUUGUCCCAUAGCCUUGGGACUUCUGAUACCCUUGGAGACCCCAGCCAGCCCUGAGAAGCCACCCUGAGGCCAUGGCCUCCUCUCUGGUGGUGGACGGGUGCCUGCAGGGGGCUUGUUCCACCCCACACACACGGGGACGGUGGCCCUGCCAUCAGGAAGGUGAUGCCCUGCUUUGGGGGAGAGGGGAAGAGUUAGGGGAGCCCUGAGUUGGGGACAUGAGUAUGUACCUGUCCGCACCAGCCCCAGUCAGCCACUGUGAUGGUGAUAGGGGAGGGGAGUCUGCCCCCCCCAGCCAUGGGCUCCCCCCACCCAUGCACUUGACCCUGGGAAAUAUCAAAGGAGAGCUGGAAGGUGGUUCAGCAGGCAGGUGCCCCAACACCCGUGGGAACAGUGGGUGCCCCACUGAGCGGGUCCUGGAGGGAAGCACCACUUUCCCCCCAGGAGGGCACUGGGUGGAGGUUUUGCUCCUCCAGGAAGUGGGGCGCUGGGGCCCCCGUAGACGCUCCGCCCCUCGCCGCUGUCCCCUCUGCAGCCCCUGGCGACCUCCCAGCUGCACAUCUGGCUGCCUCUGCACAGGCGCCCGCCGGCUGUGCCCUCGGCUUCCUUCUCACCUUUUUUUUUCUUUUCCUCUAACGACUCCAUCCCUCCCCCUCUCCAGUGUGUAACCAUUUAAGGAAGUUCCCCUGCGUUAGGGGAUUGUGUUAGCCCCACCCCUUGAGGGGUUCCUAAGAGGAAGGGGACUGAGUCCAAACUCUGUGCAGGUGAGCGCGUGCGGCACCAGAGGCAGACAUCCUUUGGUGCCCUGAGAGCGUCCCUGCCCCGGCUCAUUCACACCUGUGCUGGCACACACGCACGCGCAGAUACACAGGGGCCGCACAUCCGCUCGUGCGUUAGCUGGUGGACUCUCGGAGCCCCUCGUGGGCUAAGCCGUCUCCCCAUGAGGCACAGGCGGCCUGGCGAUCUGCUGUCUGGAGAGGGAGGACGCUGUGCCAAACCCUGGAUUUGCCCAAAGCAAAUGUCCCCACCCCGCUCUGGACGACACCGGCCCCUCUGAAAUGCCACCUCCGGUGCCCCAGCCACGUCUGGAGGCCGCAGCCUCUGGCUGUGCAACUGUGGAUUUUUUAAAGACAUCUCCUUGUUCUUGUUUACAUAUCUACCUGGGCACUGGAGGCUCCCAACCCCCCUCCCAGGCUCCCAGCCACACUAGCAGGGUGUGGCAGGCACAGCCCACCAGUGACAGGAAGCCCUCCCUGUGAGCCAGUGACGUUAGGGCUCCUGCCCAGGGGACGCCCCAGGAAGUAGGGUCACACGGAGACACACCUGACCCCUGGGCGUGGCCUUGCGGUGCCCAGGAGCCCACACUUGGCAGCCCAGGGCUGACCUCUCUGCUGUUGGCUGUGCCUCCUUGGUUCACAGGCGCUCCUCACCCAGACUGCCCAGAGUGACGAGGCUCCCAGAAGCCCCUACCUCCUAGAGCUCCAAGGGGCUUUGCACACCCAGGCUGUCUCCCCUUCUGGUCCCCCCCCAACUCUAAACCAGACACUGCCAGGACUCAGAGGGAACAAAGGCACAGCGGGGGGGGGGCUGCCCCGCCCGGCACACACUCCUGUGAAGCCGCUUCCUGUCGCUGCCCCCGCCUCUCUGGGCAGUUUCUCUUGGAGCCAGAGUCUCCCAGCGGCAGGACUGGGCAGGGGCUUCUCCCACCUUCCCAGUGUGCACUCACGGGGUGUGGGGCCCCUGAGUGGGAGGGGGGACCAUCAGAACAGCCGCUCCCAGCCCCCGAGUGCCUCUCCACGAUCCUGUCCCCGGGCAGCCACAGGCGUACCCACAGGCAGCCCUGGCCCCCAUCCUAGGCACAGGUGUCCCUGGGUCCGGCUGCCUGUAUGACCAAAAGCAUUGAAACGAGUUACCAGAGACUCCAAAAACAAAACACAACACAAAUCUUUAUUUUUUUGAUUUAAAAGAUAUAAUGAAAAAUCACACGGAGAGAGGAUUCAUUAUGGCAGGUGUCUUAUCUGUGAGAAAAAGUAUAUAUCUAUAUGUCCUAUAGCUUGUUAGCUGGUUUAUUUUUUAAAUGAAAGGUAAGAAAGAAAUUGAUUUGAAAUAUAUACCACGAGAAGUCCCAGGUCCUGUCGA